AUGCCUAAUCACCAGGUUCCAUUAAACGAUGUGCAAAAAAUUCUCUUGAUCAUCAUGGCGUGUGUUCUCCCUCCGUUGGCCGUGGGCUUGUUGAACUCACGCUGUGAUAUGAGACGUGAGCUUGUGGUUUCGAUAAUUUUGAUGUUUUUCGGUUUCUUCCCCAGCACGGUUUUCACGAUAUAUUGUAUUUUUGUUCAAUAUCCUCGCAAUUUGGCAGACCAUAAUGGAUACCGGCCCAUUGACGAAGAAUCAGCUGACCAUCCUGAGCCCAUAACAAGCGAAACUAACGAAACGAGCCGCACUCCUCUCAACACUCCUCAACUAGUAGACUCACCAAUUCCUAGUAGCCUGGAAGCUCCUCCCCAUUAUGACGAUAUCAUGGUUCAACCUCGCGACAACAAGAGUAGCGGCGACCACAAGGUGCAGCAGUAG